AUGAACGCACAAAUAACCUUCCUGGAUGGAACACUGAGUCUAAUCCACAUACCCCUCCCUCUCUACCCAACUUUUCUCCAACCCAUCCUCCAAAUCCUUCUCCCACCCAGCCAACCAUUACCAUCAGACAUCAACUCGUCAUCAACAGCCAUCCACCAUCACCACCAAGAUGAAACAACCUUCCUAAACAUCUCCAUCACUCCCCUCGAAUGUUCCAUCGUGUGCCCCUCCUCCUGGGCCCGCACUGUCUUCGAGCCCGCCAUCGCGCGCCUCCCCAAAGACCAAGCAAAGACUAUUUCGGUUUCCAAAGAUGCUUACGCCGUCUUCUCCGUCAUCAGCGCGGGCAUGGACGCCGGCUCGCGCGUCGUCGAUUUGACCUGCCCUUUAGCGCUGGCGGGGAUCCCGAUUUUCUUCAUCACGACGUAUUACUCGGAUUUCAUCCUGGUGCCGACGAAAGACCGAAAAGCGGUGGUGGAGACGUUGAGGGCCAAGGGCGGGUUCGUGUUUGUUGAGGAGGAAGGGGGCGAUGGAGAAAAUGGGUUUGAAGGGUAUGGGUACGGGUCGAGGAGGGGGUCGGUGACUAUGACGUCCGGGACGAUGAUGGGGUAUCAUCAUCAUGCCAGGGGAGGAUCAAGUGGAAGUGGAAGUGCCGGCGGGCUUGGUGGAAUGUUGACCCCGUUGACUAGUGUGCCGACUACGCCGCCGCCGUCGGAUGCGGGCGAGCUGCAGCUCAAAACGUUUGAGACGCUCAAGAGGCGGAAUGUGGUGCCGUUUGUGGAACCGGGACUGAGGCUGGUGCAUUGCUCAGGGAGGGAGAAGACGAGUAUCCAUGGCGGCGGAGGGGGCGAGGGCGGACGCGGGCAUGGACAUAGUAACUCGAUGACCGGCGGCGAGAACGGUGACACGAAUGGCAGCGGCGGUUAUCCAAGGAGGAGGAGAAACAGCUGGAUCGACACGGUCGACACCAAGCUGUACACGAGCAUCAUCUCGGCACUGGUGUCGCAGCCCCGGUUCCUGUCGGUGACCCUGGCGCAGGAUGACCCCCCUAGCUUGCUGCUGGACAAGGCGCUGGUGGAUCUGUUCGGCGACUCGCUCGUGGGACCGACGGAGGGCACGCUGGUGCCCAUCUUUCUCGACCUGGUCAACUUGCCGUUCGAGGCAACGGGCAUCGUUUCGGGGGUGGCCGGGCGGUUGGUCAAGGACAUGCCCAUGACCGAGAGCGCGGAGCUGUCAUAUUUGUCGACGGCGAGGGCCGGCGCGGUGAUCUUGUCUUGUGAGCAGGCUGUGACGGCUUUGGGAAUCUUGGAGCCGUUGCUGAAAAAGCAGGGGUGA